CCGCGCAAGGAGGAGCAGGCAGCCGGCCGGAGCGCCGAGUACGGUGGGCUCGGCGCCGCCAGCCCGCCUGCCGCGCACAGCCGGCGGCUCCGAGCCGGACCCCGCCUGCCCCCACCGCCCAGUGCCUCUGCCGCACUUUCCCCGGGUCCGUGAGGGUGCCGGGGAGCAACGAGGGGACAACCAACCUCAGUCGCCCGCAGCCGCCGAGGUGGAGAUGUCCCCAGGCAGGAGCUGAGCGCUGGGGAGGGGCCGCCUGCCGCCCCCUGCCCCUGGACCCCAAACUUUUCAGCGACUGCGGUGCGCUCGGCUCCGGAGGCGGCGGGGAUCCAGCCUCCCCAAGAUGCCCGAGAGGGCAGGAGGGGCCGGGGGCUCGCAGCCCUGCGCUUCCCGUCCCCUUCCCUGACGCGGGGUGCAACGCUUGGGGAGGGGCUCGGCUGCCGGCCCCGCUCCGGAUUUGGGGGUCUCAGCUCUGCACGUCGCCGGAGAAGUUGCACAUGGUGGGGAGCCGCCUGCGGACCGCCCCCGCCUCACGAGGAGCCUUUCACCUCUUCUUCACCGCCCCCUCCCCGAGCAGCGCUGCUGCGGGCGUCCGUGUGCCGGAGCCCCGAGGACCCCCGGGUGUCUGGAGCAGCGGGGAACGGCGCCGCAGCCACCCGGAUUAUAAAGUCGGGGAAGUUGCCCCCCCCAGUCCCCGCAGCCACGUCUCGGCGAAGCCAUGGCCCGGGUUGGGAGCUGGGGACUGCUUUGCUUUGCUUUGCUCACUCUGCCCGGCCUCCCGGGAGCUGGUGCCCAAGAUGAUGUCUCCCCAUACUUUAAGACGGAACCAGUGCGGAGCCAGGUCCAUCUGGAGGGGAACCGCCUGGUCCUGACGUGCAUGGCAGAGGGCAGCUGGCCCCUCGAGUUCAAGUGGCUGCACAACAGCCGGGAGCUCACCAAGUUCUCCCUGGAAUACCGGUACAUGAUCACCUCACUGGACCGAACGCAUGCUGGCUUCUACCGCUGCAUCGUCCGCAAUCGGAUGGGAGCCCUGCUGCAGCGCCAGACGGAGGUGCAGGUGGCCUACAUGGGGAGCUUCGAGGACAGCGAGACACAGCAGAGUGUGUCCCACGGGGAGGCGGCCGUCAUCCGGGCCCCCCGCAUCGCCAGCUUCCCCCAGCCCCAGGUCACCUGGUUUCGCGAUGGACGGAAGAUCUCCCCCAGCAGCCGCAUAGCCAUCACGCUGGAGAACACCCUCGUCAUCCUCUCCACGGUGGCCCCGGACGCGGGACGUUACUACGUGCAAGCAGUGAAUGACAAGAACGGUGACAACAAGACGAGCCAGCCCAUCACGCUGACCGUGGCCAAUGUGGGUGGCCCAGCUGAUCCUAUAGCACCAACCAUCAUUAUCCCACCCAGGAACACCAGUGUGGUGGCUGGGACCUCAGAGGUGACCAUGGAGUGUGUGGCCAAUGCCAGGCCACUGAUCAAGCUGCACAUCAUCUGGAAGAAGGAUGGAGUGCCCCUCUCCAGUGGCAUCAGCGACUACAGCCGCCGACUCACCAUCCUCAACCCCGUGCUGAGUGACAGUGGCUACUACGAGUGCGAGGCCGUGCUCCGCAGCAGCAGCGUGCCUGCCGUGGCCGAGGGUGCCUACCUCUCUGUCAUGGAACCACCACAGUUCAUCAAGGAGCCAGAGAGGCACAUCACUGCUGAGAUGGAGAAGGUGGUGGCCAUACCUUGCCAAGCCAAAGGUGUGCCCCCACCUGAGAUGGCCUGGUACAAGGAUGCCGCCCUUAUCCACCUGGAGAAGCUGUCCCGCUUCCAGCUCCUGGCGGAUGGCAGCCUGCAGAUCAGUAGGCUGGUGCCCGAUGACACUGGCAUGUUCCAGUGCUUCGCCCGCAACGCGGCCGGCGAGGUGCAGACCACCACGUACCUGGCCGUGACCAGCAUUGCUCCCAACAUCACCAGGGGUCCCCAGGACAGCACAGUGAUCGAUGGCAUGUCUGUAAUCCUCAACUGCGAGACCUCAGGGGCUCCACGCCCAGCCAUCACCUGGCAGAAAGGGGAGCGGAUCCUGGCCAGCGGCUCAGUGCAGCUCCCGCGCUUCACCCUCCUGGAGUCGGGCAGCCUCCUGGUCAGCCCCGCACACCUCGCCGAUGCUGGCACCUACACCUGCCUGGCCACCAACUCCCGUGGUGUGGAUGAGGCGUCAGCAGACCUGGUUGUCUGGGCAAGGACACGUAUCACCGACCCGCCGCAGGACCAAAGUGUCAUCAAGGGCACCAAGGCUGUCAUGAGCUGUGGCGCCACUCACGACCCCAGUGUGGAUGUCAGGUAUGUCUGGGAGAAGGAUGGGGCACCACUGAGCCCAGAAAAUGGCCCGAGAGUGCGCCUGGAUGAGAUGGGCACUCUCCACAUCUCCCAGACCUGGUCGGGUGACAUUGGCACCUACACCUGUAAGGUGAUCUCGGCAGGAGGCAACGACUCACGCAGUGCCCACCUGCGUGUCCGGCAGCUCCCCCAUGCCCCCGAGAGCCCCGUGGCCACCCUCAGCCCCCUGGAGAAACGGGCCAUCAACCUGACGUGGGCCAAGCCCUUCGACGGCAACAGUCCCUUGCUCCGCUAUGUCUUGGAGGUCUCUGAGAACAAUGCACCCUGGACUGUGCUGCUGGCCAGCGUGGACCCCGAGCUGACGUCAGUGAUGGUGAGGGGCUUGGUGCCAGCUCGCUCCUACCAGUUCCGCCUCUGUGCUGUGAACGAUGUGGGCAGGGGACAGUUCAGCAAGGACACGGAGAGGGUGUCCCUGCCCGAGGAGCCUCCCUCUGCACCCCCACAGAAUGUCAUUGCCAGUGGCCGCACCAACCAGUCCAUCAUGAUCCAGUGGCAGCCUCCCCCUGAGAGCCACCAAAACGGUGUCCUCAAGGGCUACAUUAUCCGGUACUGCCUGGCUGGGUUGCCUGUGGGCUACCAGUUCAAGAACAUCACCAACGCUGAUGUCAACAACCUGCUCCUGGAGGACCUCAUCAUCUGGACCAACUAUGAGAUCGAGGUGGCAGCAUACAACAGCGCUGGCCUGGGGGUCUACAGCAUGAAGGUGACAGAGUGGACACUGCAGGGAGUCCCCACAGUGCCUCCAGGGAAUGUGCAGGCCGAGGCCAUCAACUCCACAACCAUCCGCUUCACCUGGAACCCUCCCAGCCCCCAGUUCAUCAAUGGCAUCAACCAGGGGUACAAGCUCAUCGCCUGGGAGCCAGAGCACGAGGAGGAAGCGACGGUGGUGACAGUGCGCCCCAACUUCCAGGACAACAUCCACGUGGGCUACGUGACAGGGCUGCGGAAGUUCGCCGAGUACCUCACCUCGGUGCUGUGCUUCACCACGCCGGGGGACGGCCCGCGCAGCCCCCCCCAGCUGGUGCGCACCCACGAGGACGUGCCUGGCCCCGUGGGACAUCUCAGCUUCAUUGACAUCCUGGACACAUCCCUGAAGGUCAGCUGGCAGGAGCCACUGGAAAAGAACGGCAUCCUGACAGGCUACCGGAUCUCGUGGGAGGAGUACAACCGCACCAACACGCGGGUGACGCAUUACCUGCCCAACGUCACCCUGGAGUACCGCGUCACCGGCCUCACCGCCCUCACCACCUACACCAUCGAAGUGGCUGCCAUGACCUCCAAGGGCCAGGGCCAGGUCUCCUCCUCCACCAUCUCCUCAGGGGUGCCUCCAGAGCUCCCUGGUGCCCCCACUAACCUGGGCAUCUCCAACAUUGGACCUCGCUCUGUCACACUCCAGUUUCGCCCAGGUUAUGACGGCAAAACCUCCAUCUCCCGCUGGCAGGUGGAGGCACAGAUGGGCCAGAGUGGUGAGGCCGAAGAAUGGGGACUUGUUCACCAGCUGGCUAAUGAGCCUGAUGCCCGCUCCAUGGAGGUGCCCAACCUGAAGCCCUACACCUACUACAGUUUCCGCAUGCGGCAGGUGAACAUCGUGGGCACCAGCCCCCCCAGCCUGCCCUCCAGGAGGAUCCAGACCCUGCAAGCCCCCCCAGACCUGGCACCUGCUAAUGUCACCCUGAGGACAGCCAGUGAGACCAGCCUGUGGCUGCGCUGGAUGCCCCUCCUGGAGCAGGAGUACAACGGGAACCCUGACUCGGUGGGCUACAGGAUCCGGUACGCACGCUUGGACGGGCGAGGGCAGCCAGUGGUGCAUGUCAUCCACGACCGCGUGGAGCGGGAGUACACCAUCGAGGACUUGGAGGAGUGGACAGAGUACCGGGUGCAGGUCCAAGCCUUCAAUGCCAUCGGCUCGGGGCCCUGGAGCCAGCUGGUGGUGGGACGCACUCGGGAGUCAGUGCCCUCCUCUGGCCCCAACAACGUAUCAGCAGUGGCCACCACCUCCAGCAGCAUGCUGGUCCGAUGGAGUGACAUCCUUGAGGCAGACUGCAACGGCCUCAUCCUGGGCUACAAGGUGAUGUACAAGGAGAAGGACUCGGAUGGACGUGCCCAGUUCUGGCUGGCAGAAGGCAAUGCCUCCCGCAGCGCCCAGCUGACUGGCCUGGGCAAAUACACCCUGUAUGAGAUCCGUGUGCUGGCCUUCACCAGGAUCGGUGAUGGGGUGCCCAGCCGGCCCCCGGUCUUUGAGCGGACGCUGGAUGACGUGCCUGGACCACCUGUGGGGAUCCUCUUCCCUGAAGUGAGGACCACCUUGGUGCGGCUCAUCUGGCAGCCACCCGCAGCACCCAAUGGCAUCAUCCUGGCAUACCAGGUCAGCCACUGCCUCAACACCACUGCAGCUAAUGCAGCCACCGUGGAGGUGCUGGAGCCCAGCGCCCGGCAGUACACAGCCACCGGCCUGCAGCCCGAGGCCACUUACCUGUUCCGCAUCGCGGCACAGACCCGCAAGGGCUGGGGUGAGGCAGCCGAAGCCCUGGUGGUGACCACGGAGAAGAGAGACCGCCCGCAGCCCCCCGGGAAGCCGCUGGCACAGCAAGAGGAGGUGCGAGCCCGCAGCGUGCUGCUCUCCUGGGAGCCUGGCAGUGAUGGGCUCUCCCCGGUCCGCUACUACACCGUGCAGAGCCGCGAGCUGCCCGACGGCGAGUGGGCACUGCACUCUGCCUCCAUCAGCCGCAAUGCCACCGCCUUUGUGGUGGACAGGCUGAAGCCCUUCACCUCCUACAAGUUCCGUGUGAAGGCCACGAAUGACAUUGGCGACAGCGAGUACAGCGAGGAGUCGGAGUCACUCACCACCUUGCAGGCAGCCCCUGAGGAAGCCCCCACCAUCCUCUCUGUCACCCCCCACACUACCACAUCGGUGCUCAUCCGCUGGCAGCCCCCGUCUGAGGACAAGAUCAAUGGGAUCCUGCUGGGUUUCCGUCUCCGCUACCGCGAGCUGGUGCACGACAGCCUGCGCGGCUUCACCCUGCGUGGCAUUGGCAACCCUGGCACCAUGUGGGCUGAGCUCACCCCUGUCUACACCGUGCACAACCUCAGCGAGGUCUCCCUCACCCAGUACGAGCUGGACAACCUGAGCAAGCACCGGCGCUAUGAGAUCCGCAUGAGCGUGUACAACGCAGUGGGUGAGGGUCCCCCCAGCCCCCCCCAGGAGGUCUUUGUGGGUGAAGCUGUGCCCACUGCUGCACCGCAGAACGUGGCUGUGCAGGCAGCCACUGCCACCCAGCUGGAUGUCACCUGGGAACCACCACCUGUCGAGAGUCAGAAUGGGGACAUCCAGGGCUAUAAGAUCCACUUCUGGGAAGCCCAGCGGCAGAACGAGAGUGCACGGGUGAAGACUCUCUUCCUGCCCGAGUCCGGGGUGAAGCUGAAGAACCUGACCGGGUACACCUCCUACUGGGUCAGCGUCUCUGCCUUCAACGCCGCAGGGGAUGGGCCCCGCAGCACCCCCGUCCAGGGGCGGACGCAGCAGGCAGCCCCCAGUGCCCCCGGGUCCAUCCGGUUCAGCGAGCUGACCACCACAUCAGUGAACGUGUCCUGGGAACCACCACCGCUGCCCAACGGCAUCCUCGAGGGCUACAGGCUGGUCUACGAACCCUGCAUGCCUGUGGACGCCUCUGUCCCCGCAGGUGUCAGUAAGAUCGUGACAGUGGACGUGAAGGGGACCAGCCCGCUGUGGAUGAAGGUGAAGGACCUGGCUGAGGGCGUGACGUACCGGUUCCGAAUCCGGGCCAGAACCUUCGCCUACGGGCCAGACGUUGAGGCAAACAUCACCACGGGGCCCGGGGAAGGUGCCCCUGGCCCCCCUGGUGAACCUUUCAUCUCCCGCUACGGCUCAGCUAUCACCAUCCACUGGUCAAGCGGGGACCCCGGGCAAGGGCCCAUCACCAGAUACGUCAUUGAAGCUCGUCCUUCAGAUGAGGGGCUCUGGGACAUCCUGAUCAAAGACAUCCCCAAGGAGGUGACCUCCUACACCUUCAGCAUGGACAUCCUGAAGCAGGGGGUCAGCUAUGACUUCCGUGUCAUCGCUGUGAACGACUAUGGCUAUGGGACCCCCAGCACACCUUCCCCCUCUGUGUCAGCCCAGAAAGCCAAUCCAUUCUAUGAGGAGUGGUGGUUCCUGGUGGUCAUUGCCCUGGUAGGGCUCAUCUUCAUCCUGCUGCUCGUCUUUGUGCUCAUCAUCCGUGGGCAGAGCAAGAAGUAUGCCAAGAAGUCAGACUCAGGGAACGGCUCCAAGGCGACAGCCCUGAGCCAUGGCGAGAUGGUGAGCCUGGACGAGGGCAGCUUCCCAGCCCUGGAGCUCAACAAUCGGCGCCUGUCUGUCAAGAACUCCUUCUGCAGGAAGAAUGGCAUCUAUACCCGGUCCCCACCACGGCCCAGCCCUGGCAGCCUCCACUACUCAGACGAGGACGUGACCAAGUACAAUGACCUGAUCCCUGCCGAGAGCAGCAGCCUGACAGAGAAGCCCUCUGAGGUCUCCGACUCCCAGGGCAGUGACAGUGAGUACGAGGUGGACCCAGGCCACCAGAAAGCCCACUCCUUUGUCAACCACUACAUCAGCGACCCCACCUACUACAACUCCUGGCGGCGGCAGCAGAAGGGCAUCUCGCGGGCACAAGCCUACAGCUACACCGAGAGCGAUUCGGGGGAGCCUGACCACACACCCCUCUCCAACAGCACCUCCACGCAGCAAGGCAGCCUCUUCCGCCCCAAAGCCAGCAGGACUCCCACUCCCCAGACCCCUGCCAACCCUCCCAGCCAGCCUGGUACCCUCUAUCGCCCACCCAGCAGCCUGGCUCCUGGCUCCAGAGCCCCCAUCGCUGGAUUUUCUUCUUUUGUUUGAUAUUUAAACAGAAGCAAAAACAACCAGGAGGAAAAAAAAAACCAACAACAAGAAAAAGUAGGAAAAAAAAGGAGAGAGGGGAAAGAAAGAAAAGCCCCAAGAAAUUAAAGCAAAUGAAGAUAAGCAGCAAGGGGGAGAUGAUGAUGAGGAGGAAGCAGCCCCGGGGAUGGCAGCGGUGCCAGGCUGUGUGCUGUGGUGGGUAUUUGGCUUUCCUGGCCAAAUGCCCAGCACCUUCCCUGGGGCUGAGGAGCAGAUCCCAGCUCCCCUCCUUGGCCAAAGCUUUCUGCAUUCUGGACUCUUUGGUGGAGGUGGGGCCAGAGGAUGCCACAUAAUUGCACCUAACUUUUCCCUUGGCUGCCCCUGAGCUGCUGCCAGCCUUGCUGGGGUUCUAUGGGUGCUGCUGGGCUGGGGGUAGGGGCUCUCACCGUGCCAAACCCCAGCCCCUUGCCAGCCUCCAUUUGUGGCUCCCCCAGGGUAAGGGGCCAAGUGGUGGCACAGAGACUCUCAGCUGAGGAGGGGAAGAGGAUCUCUGCUGAUCAUAGAACCUCGGGACAUGAAACCCCCACCCUCGACCUCCUAGCCUCUGGGAGAAGUGGGCAGCCACCAUGCCAGGAACGUAUGGGACAAUUAAUUCCCCCUCUCCUUCGUGUCUGGCCCAACACAGCCUCCCCAGGACUUUAACCCCAGGAGAGCCCUGCUGGGGUGCACAUGGUGCUGAUGUCCCCCUCCCCAGUUUUGCACCCCAGGGUGAUGCAGGGGCUCUGGUGAGGGCUCUGACAGGACAAUGUGGUGACCAUAGCCACCCCUCUCACACUUCUCAUGGUUUGGGGUUUUUAAAUGGGCUUUGGUGCAGAGGCCAAGGAGCAUAAGGGGCAUGCAGGGGCAGCAGUGCCCGGGUGGAUCUGGAGGUGAUUUGGUGGUCUCUGCAUAGCAAAACCCUGCAGUGCCUACUGGUGAGUCAGGCACCAGCCUGGCAGGGCCAUGGUGCCCAGGCUGAGCUAAGGAAGGAUGCCAAUAAACAGCCUGAGGAUCA